GCUCCUGGACCUGAAAAAACCCAAAUCAGUGGAAGACGAGAGGAGGACGUGACGUUGGAUUUACAAAAGGUUGGCCAUAUUUGACGAGUGAUUAAUUAGAAAUAAUUGACAAUCAGGGCUAAAAGGAGGACAUAAAAGUGAUGCUAAUCAUGAUGAAGACCAGCGUCCACAUCUGGCUUGCAGGUGUCUCCGUGUGGGGAGAAGAUGGUGCUGCGCACCUCAAAUGAAGCUGAUGUCUGAUUCAGCUUGAUUUAUUUCUUUAUUUUUUUCUCCCUAAAAUCACUUAUUUUUUUGUGGCGUGUGAGUGAGAGGAUGCGCUUUGCCCUACACGUGACUGUCAUGUCUUCAGCAUUUUUCAAUCCCAGCUCUGCCUUCAGUUCCCACUUUGACACAGAUGGAGCUCCGCUGAGCGAGCUGUCGUGGCCUUCGUCCCUCGCCGUCAUCGUCGUCUCCUUUUCCGGCCUCUUCACCUUCGUCUUCGUCAUGCUGGCGUGCCUGUGCUGCAAGAAGGGCGACAUGGGCUUUAAGGAGUUUGAAAACGCAGACGGCGAGGAGUACCAGGCGGACCUCUCGCCUUCACGCCACAAUGGGCCCGAGGUCUACAUCCUGCCUCUGACUGAGGUCUCCCUGCCGGUCUCCAAACAGCCCGGCAGAUCCAUCCAGCUUCUCAAAUCUUCAGACCUCAGCCGCCAUAGUCUGCUCUAUCUCAAGGAGAUUGGCUAUGGCUGGUUCGGCAAGGUGUUGCUGGGCGAGGUCAACGUGGGUCUCAGCACCACCCAGGUGGUGGUCAAAGAGCUGAAGGCCAGCGCCAGCGUGCAGGACCAGAUGCAGUUCCUGGAGGAGGUCCAGCCUUUUCGGACAUUACAGCACCCCGCCCUCUUGCAGUGCUUGGCCCAAUGCUCAGAGGUCACGCCUUAUCUGCUUGUCAUGGAGUUUUGUCCGCUGGGUGACUUGAAAAGCUAUCUCCGUGGGUGCCGGGUGACUGACUCAGAGACUCCCGACCCGCUCAUCCUCCAGCGAAUGGCAUGCGACAUCGCCUCGGGGCUUUUACACCUCCAUAAGAACAACUUCAUACACAGUGACCUGGCCCUACGAAACUGCCUGCUAACAUCAGAAAUGUCGGUUAAAAUCGGAGACUACGGGCUUUCUCACAGUCUGUAUAAGGAGGACUACUAUUUUACACAAGACCAGAUUUGGGUGCCCCUGCGUUGGAUUGCCCCUGAGCUCAUAGACGAAGUCCAUGGAAACCUGCUGAUUGUUAAUCAGACUAAAUCAAGCAACAUAUGGUCGUUGGGGGUAACCAUGUGGGAGCUGUUUGAGUUCGGAGAGCAGCCAUACAGACAGUACUCUGACAGACAGGUGCUGACAUAUGCCGUCAGAGAACAGCAGCUCAAACUGGCCAAACCGCAGAUCCACUUACCUCUUGCUGAGCGCUGGUAUGAGGUAAUGCAGUUCUGCUGGCUGCAACCAGAGCUAAGACCAAGUAGCGAGGAAGUUCCCCUCUUGCUAACAUACCUCUGCGCUAAAAGCUCUAGUGAGGCUGAGGAAGAUUUUGAAGAACGCUGGAAUGCUUUGAGACCAAACUUGCUGGGAAGCCCCCCCCACACAGCCGCACCACUUGUCCUCACGCCAACACUUGCCGCGGCUGAGGCCCGCAUCCAGACCCAAACUCAGGCGGCAGAGCUGGCCUCGUCUGCCUCAUCGUCCUUCCCCCUGCUGAAGCACUUCUCCGACAGCUUCCACUCUGACACGGGAGACGACUUGUUGACCGUCACAGAGACCAGUCACGGUCUCAACUUUGAGUACAAAUGGGAGCAAGGCAGAGCUGAGCAUCCCUACUGCUCAUCGUCCACUAGUGGACCGCUGUGCCAGGGGAACCCGCACUACCAGGAUGUAUACUAUUCAAGUGAUGCCAGUAUAUCAGGCGGCUGCAGGACUGAGUUGUCAAGCGUAUCGCCAUCCUACUAUGAACCAGAGCAUCCAUGUGUGGUCCCUGUUUUAAGCGCCCUCAGCCCCUCUGUCAGCAGCGAGUAUUACAUCCGUAUAGAAGAAACAUCAGAAUGUAACAUUAACUUGGAUGACAACACAGUAGACUGCAGUCCUGUACUGAGUGGCAACACAAGGUUGUCCCCUGAGAGUCAGACCCCCACGGCACAAUCAAAUGCUUAUUGGUCAACUGCUGACAGCACCAAAUCAACAGCCUAUGACUCAGAUUCAAGCCCCACUUUGCAGCUAACCAUGGACCCCCUUAUAAGACAGGCAUACAGCAGCCCUGUAAUGUUACGACAAUCCCGUGCAUGCACCUCUUCCUUUCUAGUUGACGCUGACUACAACGUUGACCACCCACACCAUCUGUUUGAAUAUAAUGUUGGCCACCCAGUGGAAUGUUCAGAAAGUCAAUCUAGUCUGACACAAGCAAUGAGCAGCCCCAGCUUAGGUUUGUGUGACCCCUACCUUGAAGACAGAAGCGGCUCUAUUAGUGCGGUGGGCUCCCUGCAAAAGACACUACCCAUCGGUAACCACAUUAGCAUAGAUAUUGAGACAGGUGAUGGCCUGCUAGUGGGCAGAGACAUAAACGAUGGUGCUUUCUUUGAGGAAGAAGCCACAAAUUGGACUUCAAACCAUUCUGCUAACAACAACAUCCUGAGUUUCAGCAAAAGGAACACAAGUAGGAUGGAAAACUAUCUAGAUCUUCAAUAUAACACAACAGAACUGUGGUGUUUAACCAAGGACACCACCAAAACCUUCCGCAGUUGCAAAACUUCUAAACUGGAGGCAGGAGAAGGGGAAUCUGCUUGUACUUCUACUAGUAAACCCAAAGAAUUAGGUUCAUACAUUCACCUGUGUCACCAAGAUAAGCGGACCAGUCCAGAGCAAAACAACUUAGCCAGUUUAGAAAGUAAUGAUUGCAUUGCCAACUCCAGUGCCAGUGGGAACAAUAACAAUCAGUUGAUACUUAAUGGAGAGAGACUCCAUUCUGAGCCCAAGAAGAUACCUGAGCCAAGUUAUAUACAGUCACCUAACUCCUUCAAAGAGUCUCGGACUGGCCGGAUUGAAGUAUUACCAGAGAAGAAGAUGACUGGCAUUUGGGAGGAUGCUUCAACAGGAGUCCCUACUCUAAGAGACUUACGACUAAAUUACGCUCCUUUAGAAAAAAACACGAGAGAGCUCGGGAGUGGAAUUAGGACCAGGAAUUCCACUUGUACUUUAGUGGAGCUUGGAGACUACAGCGAGGAGGAUGAUGACUUCACAGAUAUUACAUCAGGCAUAUUCGCUGAUUUUAACCUUGAUUAUGCAGAGAUACAGGAGUACGAGUUGAGUCCAGUGAAGAAUACAGAGAGAACUACUGACUCUGUGGACACCACAAACCUCUCUUCAUCUGUGGCAAGCACCUCUGACCAAGCCUUCAGCCCAGACUCCUUCAGUACUCCUGCCCAGCCCAAAUCCCUGGAUAGCGGCUAUGACACAGAAAACAACGGAUCCCCGGAAUUUAUGUUUAAGGAGCUGUCUGAUCCCCAAAGAGGUGAACUUGUUCUGCAAGUACAUCAAGGUCUCACCAGUGCCUCAGAAGUCCAGUUAAAGCAAACGACUGAUAAACACCCAUACAGGGACUCGGCCUACUUUUCUGACUAUGAAAACGACAAAAGUCCACGAGAGGAUGACAGUAAAUUCUUUUCAGGUCCAACUAAACUUGCAGAAAAACCGAGCUCUUACAAAGAUGUUGAUGCUACCAAAAGGGAGUUUAAUAUCACUGAGGACCUGAAACAAAUUAAAAGUUGUGUUUUGGCUAAACCCUCUGACCUCCUUUCUACACCUGGGCUUUCCAUGUUGUCACCGUUUCCUGCACAGAUGGGUGGUUGCUUGACCAAAGAGUCUGCACCAGAGAAUGAUGACCUGGGGUUGGACACAGAGCACCAAGAAGAGCCUCGCUCAGAACUCAGCAAUUCCACUGUGUCUGAAUUGUCCUCCACUGUCCAAGAGGCCUCGGGUAACUAUCAGGACGAGAGUAAGCGAUCUGAAGACUGUGGCCAGACGCAAAUUUCCUGCUCUGAAUCCACUGUAUCUGAUUACAAAGAUGACGAUGAGACGAAAGAGAACACUGAUCAAACCACAGUGGACGACGAACUCCCGGAAUUCAAUCAUGUGGAAACAUCGGAGGAAAGAAUGGAAGGAGUCUGCAUGAAUGAGGAAGAAUUUGAGGACAUUGAUGCCGAGGAAUGCGACAGUUUAUGUGAAGAGCCAACUGUCGCGGCCGAGCUGUCAUCUUCUUCGUCAAUGCUCGAGUUGUGCGGAGAAGCCGUGAGAGCACCCCUGGAGGAGGCAGAGGACGAGGAUGACUCCGAGGACAGCGAGUCAGACGAAGAGUUGAGGACCUACAGCAUCCAGGCGGAGGAAGACAGCGAGGGCAGUGACGAAGAUUUGAGCAUGGUGCCGGUGGUGGUGAGCGACAGCAGCAGGGCACGACACCUCCGCGGCCUCCUGAAGAUGCCGACGCUUCUCACUCAGUCCUUCUGUGACAAACUGGAGAGAAAGAAAAAGGCAGUGUCCUUUUUUGACGACGUCACCGUGUUCCUCUUUGACCAAGAGAGCCCGACCGGAGAACUUGUGGACUUCAACUUCUCAGAUGAAGCGGAGUACAGCAUGAAGGACCCACUGGAUGAAAACACCUUUCAGCUUGAGACGCCCCUCUCAGCCUGUGAGACACAGUGUGACGCAGAGGAGAAAGACGAUGCAGAGGAAGGUCACAAGUGGGAAGAAGAUCUGGCAUUUGAGAAACCUCCACCUGAUUCCACGCCCGAGACCCAACCUACGCUCGCUUCACCCUCAAACAGUCCAGAGGUGGUGAAAUCUGCAACAGUGGCAAUGAACCGAUUUAUGGUCUCCAGAUUCUCCAUCACGCAUGUCUCGGACACGGUCACAGCAACUGGGACCGGCGACGACAACCCCAAAGACUGACGGACAACAGAAGCCGAAAUCUAACGAAUCAGCGUUACCACGUCCGCGAUGUUUUCCAGGAGGACUGCUGGUGGUGACCCUUAAAGAGACAGUGCCUGGUGGUGAUUUGCACACUUUUAUUUUUGUCAUUUGCUGCUGAUUAUAAAAUGGACCUCAGUAUCUCCACGCCCAACAACCAACCCUGUUCAAUUCCAAUUAAGAUCCUACACUUUUAUUUGGCUGCUUCACAUUGUUUUAAAAAAAAGACUGUUAGCUCUUAUUUUGGUAGCCGGACAAUUGAGACUUUAUUUUUUAAACAGGUAAUGAGGUGAUGGACGGGGGGAUAAAAGCACUUUUUGCUGUGAAAAAAAAAUCACGCCGCAUCUUUUAUUUGUAGACACGACGAAGGAAAAUUGUCUACUUUUAUGUGUGUGUUUUGCAUUGUAAGGACAUCGGGGGGGAAAAAAAGAAAAAAGUUUGUCAUGAAUAUUUUCUAUAUCUGCGUAUUGUCGUUGCAUCAUUCUAUGGACAUUGUGUUGAACGUGACGUCACAUGUUGUUAAAUAACGACCAUGUAGCGGGUAGCUUGACUUGAAUUACUACUGCUGUCGGGAUGCAAUUCAAGGUGCAAAAUCCCCCCCCCCUCGUUUUGCCAAAGAGACGUUGAAAAAAGAAAGACAAAGUGGCAAUUUUUGGUGUUUUCCGUGCACCAGUAGUAACCGACCAGUAUCAUGGCACCAGCACCAGUAGUAAACUUUGUUGUCAUUUCUCUCUGUUGUACUCCUUCCCAAAACAAUACACUUCACUUCACUUUCUCUCAAGCUUUUUCUGUCAUUUCUUGCUACCUUCCAGUCUAAAAUAAGGAUCAUUGAUAAUUGCAUGGAGAUAUAAACUUUGUAAAAAAAAAAAAAAAAGAA